AUGAAGACGCUGACCGGCAAGACGAUCGCGCUCGAGGUGGAACCGAGCGACACGAUCGAGAACGUGAAGGCCAAGAACCAGGACAAGGAGAGCAUCACGCCGGCAAGCAGCUGGAGGAGGGACGCACGCUCUCGGACUACAACAUCCAGAAGGAGUCCACUCUGCACCUGGUGCUGCGCCUGCGCGGCGGCCAUGGAGCCGACGCUGAUCGCGCUGGCCAAGAAGUACAACUGGGAGAAGAAAGUGUGCGGCCGCUGCUACGCCUGCCUGCCGGUGCGCGCCACGAACUGCCGCAAGAAGACCUGCAGUCACUGCUCCAACCUGCGCAUGAAGAAGAAGCUGCGCUAG